AUGUCGUUAACGACAUCGGCGGCCACUGCGCUGUGGACCGUUCUCGCCGACGAUCCAGACGAUGGGCGAGAACGACGCUGGGAAGAUCAGACGAAGCAGCAGCGUGAUCUAUAUACUCAGAUUGCCGUUAGCUCUGCCCUAGGACUGGGUGCUUUCCUGUCAUUCUGUGUGUUACGGCCCAAAUGGACAGAACUCUAUGCCGCGCGGAGAAAAACACGCAACGCUGCGUCGCAUUUGCCCGAGCUACCCGAUACUUUCUUUGGGUGGAUUCCAGUCUUAUAUCGUAUCACUGAGGAAGAAGUUCUCCAGUCCGCUGGACUAGACGCAUACGUGUUCCUGUCCUUCUUCAAGUUUGCGAUCCGCUUCUUAGCAGCCGUCUUUUUCUUCGCCGUCGCUGUCCUGCUUCCCGUGCAUUACAAGUAUACCGGCAAAUAUGGAGUUCCCGGUUGGGAUCCCGAAGACGGUCCCGGCGACACCACCACCGGCGUAGUAGGAGAACUGUCCAAGGACAAGGAAAAGGGCGAGGACAACCCGGAGUACUUGUGGAUCUAUGUCCUAUUCACCUACGUCUUCAGCGGCUUGGCCAUCUACUUGCUGCUCCAGCAGACGGACAAAAUUAUUCGCGUUCGCCAGACCUAUCUUGGAAAUCAGACCAGCACCACUGACCGUACGGUCCGUUUGUCGGGAAUACCCCGCGAUCUAUCGGCCGAAGAUAAGAUCAAGGACUUUGUAGAGGGUCUCAGGGUGGGCAAAGUGGAGACCGUCACCCUGUGCCGCAAGUGGGGUGAUUUGGACAAACUCAUUGAUGAACGCAUGAAGAUCGUGCGCCAGCUGGAACGGUCAUGGACGAAACAUAUUGGGUACAAACGUCCUCGCCGUGACCGAGGGGACACCUUGCCGUUGACUCACCAACCACCACAACCCUCUAACGGCACGCUGAACGAGGAUGACGAGCAUGCUGGCUUGCUGUCGGGGACUGAUCGGGAGCACGUCUCAGGGUAUUCCCAUGCGCGACCCAAGGCCCGUAUCUGGUACGGUCCACUGAAGCUUCGGUACUACACGAUCGAUGCGAUCGACUACUACGAGGAGAAGCUGCGGACGAUCGACGAACAGAUCCAGGCUGCUCGAGAGAAGGAAUACCCUUCAACCGAGAUCGCGUUCGUGACGAUGGAGUCAAUUGCGGCCUCGCAAAUGCUGGUGCAAGCUAUUCUCGAUCCGCACCCCAUGCAAAUGUUUGCUCGCCUUGCUCCUGCGCCUGCCGAUGUCAUCUGGAAGAAUACCUAUCUCUCUCGCUCCCGCCGGAUGACCCAGUCGUGGCUCAUCACUGUGCUUAUCGGAUUCCUCACGGUAUUCUUCUCUGUCCUCUUGCUUCCUAUCGCCUCUCUUCUGCAACUGGAGACACUCCACAAGUUUGUACCGCAGCUCGCGGAGUUCCUCUCACUCCAUCCUCUUUUGAAGUCCUUGGUUCAAACAGGUCUGCCUACUUUGGUAUUCUCGCUGUUGACAGUGGUCGUCCCCUACUUGUACGAGUGGCUCUCGAACAACCAGGGAAUGAUGUCGCGUGGUGAUGUUGAACUCUCAAUCAUCUCCAAGAAUUUCUUCUUUGCUUUCUUCAACCUGUUCCUCAUCUUCACCGUCAUUGGAACAGCAAGUGGAUUCUACGGUUUCUGGGAGCAUUUGCGUGAUGCUUUUAAAGAUGCCACAACCAUUGCCUUCGCCCUGGCUAAGUCCUUGGAAGGUCUCGCGCCGUUUUACAUCAAUCUGUUAGUUCUGCAAGGAUUGGGUCUUUUCCCCUUCCGACUCCUCGAGUUUGGAAGCGUUGCCCUGUACCCCUUGCAGUUCCUCCGGGCGCGGACCCCACGGGAAUAUGCGGAGCUGUCAACACCGCCGAAGUUCAGCUACGGACUCACAAUUCCUCAGACCAUCUUGAUCUUGAUCAUCUGCAUUGUGUACUCGAUUUUCCCCAGCUCAUGGCUGAUCUGCCUGUUCGGUCUUGUCUACUUCUCCGUCGGCCAGUUCAUUUACAAAUAUCAGCUGCUGUACGCCAUGGACCACCAACAGCAUUCGACCGGACGUGCCUGGCCGAUGAUUUGCAAUCGGGUAUUCAUUGGCCUGGUCGUGUACCAACUGGCCAUGAUUGGAGUCCUCGCUUUGCGCACGGCGGCUACCCGUCAGCUGCUCCUGGUACCUCUUCUGGUGCCCCUACUGAUCUUCACGGUCUGGUUUACAUACUGGUUUUCACGGACCUAUGAACCGCUGAUGAAAUUCAUCGCUCUCAAGAGCAUCAACCGGGAUCUUUCGGGUGGCGGCGAGCUCUCUCCCUCGUCGUCCUCCACGUUCUCGCCGCCUUCGGGCAUGGAUCGUGAUGCGCUUCCGAUUCGCAUCGGCGGCCAUGAACUGGAGUUGCGUCUGAAAAAGUACGUCAACCCGAGUCUGAUUGUGCCGCUACAUGGUGCCUGGCUCCCGGGUCGUAGGCCUUCUCAGAGUAACGGUGGCCCGCUUUAUGAGAACCACGAGUCGUCGAACAACUAUCCUUGA